AGAGUAGCGAUAAUUACAUGUAUAGGAUUUUUAUUAAAAUUUUGUUAAUUGAAAGUGUAAAGCACAUAGAUUUAUUUUAAUGCGCUCUAUAAGAACUUAUUCUUAAGUAUUACAUGAUAUUAUAUGAUAUAUGGAGUAAUGAAUUUAAAGGUAAUAUAUUUUCUUGUGGAUCAGAGUGACUAAAAGUUAAUCACUGAAUGUUUUCAAACAUUUCCUUUGUGAUCACUAUAAGUUAAUUUGCUUAAAGCAAAACCAAAGGAAAGAAAAGAAUAAAAAAGAGAACGAAAUGAAAGUUUGCAACUCAUUCUUUUUGUGAAUAGUAAUUUUUUUCCAUCAGGGAUACAGCGGGUCAAGAAAGAUUUAGAACUCUGACUUCAAUGCACUUUAGGGGUACAAAGGGUAUAUUGUUAGUCUAUGACAUAACAAAUGCUGGUUCAUUAGAUCAACUUCAGUACUGGAUAAAGACAAUGAAUAAGCAUAACCUAAUGUAUGAAGAAGUAAUCCUAGUGGGAAACAAGUCUGAUUAUGAUAGGAAAAGCUGGGAAGUGGACACUCAAACUGGAAAAGAGUUUGCAAGACAGUUUGGGUUGAAGUUCUUUGAAACAAGCGCAAAGACACAAAAGAAUGUUCAAGAGGUUUUCCAAGAACUUGCAAAAAACAUAAAGUAUGCAAAUGACCCUGAUAUGGUAAGAAACGGUGAUAAAAUAGAUGCUGGGAUAAAACUGCAAUCAUCUGAUUACCCACAACACAAGAGGGUGAUGGCCAACUGUGGUUGCAACAAAUGAUCUGCCUGAAUUGUUUUCUUCUUUGGUGAAGGCAGCAUUGCUGUGAAAUCACUUCAUCAGAUAAACCAUCAGAAAAUUUUCAGUUUUCAUCCCACUUGGACCACUAGUUGGGUUUAUUGGUAGUCUAAAAGUUAUCUCCAUCACAACAUUAUUUUAUAAAUUAUACUUCAUAGAUAAUGAUUAACCCCCCUUUCCCUGCAAGUUCAAGACAGUGUAACUUUUUUCUUAGGUAGCUGUAAACUUAGAAGAGACCAUAACUUAUUUGAAAUGAUAUCUUAAGUGAUGGUAGUAUGUUGAGCAAGACCCCACAAGAGGGACAGCUGUUACUAGAGGAAAUGCAUAUGAUGCAGUUAAUUUUUUUUAUUUUACCUGAUUACAUGGCUCAGUGCACCCCCUCAGUGGUCAAAGCAUCGAUUUUAUUUAUUUAUUUUUUUACAUUUAACAGGUUUGUAAUUUUUAAUUACACAACCCAGAGGUGUAUCAAGCUACCAGACUAAAAAGUCUUGAAUAUUUAUUGCAAAGAGUUCAUGUCACAUGUUAGAUUUGUUCAAUGUUUUAAAACCUAUUUUGCACACAAAGUAGGAAAACAGUAAACUAUAAGCAAAGUGUAAAUAAGAAUCUCUUUAAUUAAGAAUGAUAAUUUUAUUGAGGAUGUGUUGUUACUGAAGCAGUGGUGAUGCUCACAAUUAUGUAAUCAGAUUCAUGGUAUGUAUCGUAUAAAGUAACAGAAACUGAAAAAAAGAAGAAAACAGCAGCAACAAAGAAGCUGUUGAAAUGAUAUGUUAUUUCAAUUUACACUGUUAUAUGUAAAGGUCAAUAAAUACAUUUUUAUGAACAUAUCUCAAAGUAAAGGAUGUAUCACACAUACAAUGUUAAUGGCAUAAAUGAUAUUGUUUCCACCAAUGUUGAAGAAUUAGAAAGUAGAGUAACUCAAGGUUUUAAGCAGUUACUAGUACUUAAACAAUAGAGGAAUAUUUUAAUUUUUUAAAAAAAUUGACUAACCAUCCAUCCAAUCAAAAGUGAGGCAAUGAUUCUAAAGAAAUCUGCCUUUGUUGGUCCUCUUCCUCCCCUUUACUUUGGGACACUGGCUUAAUUAACCUUUGUUGACUCUACCACUUGCCUAGGAGUUAAAAUCGACAAUAGACUUUCAUGGUCUGUGCACAUUGAUUCAGUGAAGAAGCAUUUCACACAAAAAGUUGGACCACUAAAGAGAAUGAAAAUUCUUCCUAAACAGUCACUCGAGGAAAUUUAUUUCAAAUCUCUUAUUCCCAGCGUAACUUAUAGUAUUUCAGUAUGGGGAAAUUGCUCACCCUCAGCAAUGAAUUCUCUGAACUCUAUACAUGCAAGAGCUUCCCGUAUUAUAAACAACCUUCAACCGUCACUGGCUGAUAAUAUUUGUCUCAGUAAAUCAAAUUGGCUACCCCUCUCUUAUUUUUACAAAAUGUCCAUUCUUACGUUAAUGCACAAAGUGUAUUUUGAAACUUCGUGUCAAUCUGUUUGACAACUUUUCUCUAAAAAGACAACUUCUAGGUUAACUCCCUUUCCUAAUCAAUUUAAUAUCAUUAGGUUUAAAUCUGAUACAGGAAGAAACACUUUACAGUACAGAGGCCCUGUAAUCUGGAAUUUUUUAAAUAGACUAGUUAAAGUGCCUGAAAAUUUUAAUUCCUUUAAGCAGAUAUUAAAGAAACACACCAGAGAUAUUGUAGAGUAUUCUUUUAGCAUGGAAGUGACCUUGAUCACCGCAAAAAAAGAUGAUUUUAUAUACUUUUAAUUAAGCAUUUUAUUUUCUGGUAUAUUAUAUUAUUUCAAUUAGGCUCUUGUAAAUCUCAGUUUUUUGCAUAUUAUAUUGUUUUCUCCCUGUG